AUCCAGUGUUUAUCUGCAAAGUGGGGAACAGCCAUUUGCUAUGGAGAAACUGGUGACCAUGACCUGUAUGUUUCAGAAACUAUCUGCUGUGGAGGAUCAAAGGGGGUGGGUUAUAGAGAGUGGAGCUCACAAGACCCUGGUAAAACUUCUAUCAACUAGAGAGAGUAAUGUGUUGCUGGGUGCACUCCUAACUCUCACUACGUUGGCCGAGAGUUCAAAAUGUAAGGAGAAGAUAGGAGAACUGCCAGUAGUGGAAAACCUUAUUGUGAUACUUCAAGAAUAUGACUUACUUUCAAAGCGAAUAAGUGCUGAGCUGCUAAGACUCCUCUCCCCAGUGGGGCGGGUGCGAGACCAAGUACGGGAGUGCGAGGGCCUUCCCGUUCUACUCAGCCUACUCCACGGGGAGCACUUGAAGCUGCUGUGGAGCGUGGUGUGGGUCCUGGUCCAGCUGUGUAUGGAACCAGAGACCCGUGCGGAGAUACGUACCUGGGGAGGGGUGCAACAGAUUCUCCACAUUCUGAACAGUGAGCGUAUGUAUGUUUCGGACCGCUCUACCAUUGAGGCACUAUCCAGCGCCAAUGCAGCAGGCCGCAUUCAAAGACAGCACAUAAGUGAAGAACUUAGCCCCCAAGAGGAGAUGGACAACACCAUAGCCCUGCAGUCAGCAUGUUGUGCGGCUCUAACUGAGCUAGUUUUGGAUGACACAACUGCACAUCAUAUAGUCCAGGUAGGAGAGAUUCUCCACAGACAGAUUCCUUACAGCUUGACGCAAUUGAAGCUUACCUUAAUAUAAAUAAGAUUGAAAUGCACUUCUUUACAGGAAAAUGGGAUCUAUUCAAUAGCUAAAUUGAUUUUACCAAAACGCUCUCAAUGUGGACCUCAACCUAACACCUUACAGUGCUACGCAUUCCGGACUCUUCGUUUCCUCUUCAGCAUGGAACAAAACCGUCAUCUUUUUAAAAGACUCUUUCCUACAGAACUUUUUGAGAUGUUUAUUGAUGUUGGACAUUACGUGCGAGAUAUCACACCCUACGAGGCGCUGCAAGCCAAAGUCUCUCUCUUCUCUGAUGAGGAAUUGGAGAGCCUGAGAGAAAACAUAGAGGCUGUGGACCAGAACCGGCCUCCUCUGAGAGUAAUUAAUGGUUACGCCAUACUGGACCACCUUGGCACUGGGGCAUUUGGCAGUGUCUUCAAGGUACGGAAGCAGAGUGGACAGAACCUGUUGGCUCUGAAGGAGGUGAACCUCCACAACCCCGUGUUCGGCAAAGACAAGAGGGCCAGGGACAGCAAUGUGGAAAAAAUUGUGUCGGAACUCACUAUAAUUAAGGAACAGAUGACUCAUCCAAACAUUGUGAAAUAUUACAAGACAUUCUUGGAAGGUGACCGACUGUAUAUUAUCAUGGAGUUGAUUGAAGGUGUUCCUCUGGCCAUCCAUUUCAACUCACUGAAAGAAAAACAGCAACAAAUUAUUGAAGAAAGAGUUUGGAACAUAUUCAUCCAGAUGUGUUUGGCAUUAAGGUACCUGCACAAGGAGAAGAGGAUCGUCCACCGAGACCUCACUCCUAAUAAUAUCAUGCUGGGAGAGAGGGACAAAGUCACCAUUACUGACUUUGGACUUGCAAAACAGAAACAGGAAAACAGCAAACUAACAUCUGUUGUUGGAACCAUCCUUUACUCCUGCCCAGAGAUAGUGAAGAGUGAGCCGUAUGGUGAGAAGGCAGAUGUCUGGGCCUUGGGGUGUAUCCUUUACCAGAUGGCCACCCUGAACCCUCCCUUUUACAGCAGCAACAUGCUCUCCCUUGCCACCAAGAUUGUGGAAGCUGACUACAAACCCGUGGUAGAAGAGGCUUUCUCAGAACGAAUCCCAGACAUGAUUAAAUGGUGCCUGACUCCACAGGCAGAUCUGCGUCCUGACAUAGUGGCAGUCAGCUCCAAGAUCUCUGACAUCCUGAUGAAGUUUAUGGAUGGCCUCUGCAUCAGCCAGCAUACACUAGAGAAGAGAGCAGACCGAGACAGGAGGAGAGCACAGAAGUACUUCCUUGAAAGCCAUCGAGGCAGUAUGAGCAUGUCUCGGAUUGUUCAAUUUAAUCACUGCGAGAGGACAAUUCAGGAGUCCAAGACAACACAAUCUAUUUUAACAUGCAGGUCACAUAAUAGCCAACACAACCUCAUACAAGGUGCUGACACAGAUGAUGAUGUUGAGUCAUCAGACACCAGAACCAUCUCCACUGCAUCUUCAACUAAAGACACUGUGCCAGCAAAGCGCAGUGUCAGUGCAUCUGACCUACAUGACCAACAUCUAGCAGAGGGGGACUGUGCUAUACCCAAGCCCAAACCUAGGCCAAUGUCAGAAGGAAUCUGCGUUUCCCAUAAGAAGGUUCGUCAGAUUGAUGAUCCUAUCCAGAGGCUCCUGGUCCAGCUGCAUAAGAUCAUAUACAUCACCCAGCUUCCUCCAACUUUAAAUCAUAAUGCCAAACGACGGGCGAUUGAGCGAUUCAAAAAGUCCCUUUUCCAGUAUGGUAGUAGUCCCUACAAUCUGAAGGUCGAACUCAAUAAGCUCCUCCAGUGUUCUCCAGAGCUGAUGGAGUCAGGCUCAGCUGGUUUAGAAUGGUGGUCCCUGGUCCAGUCUUUUGGAGGAGACUCCAUAUCUGCGAACAGCCCAGAUGAGCUGUGUGAUGGAAAUCUCAAGGAUGGAAUCACCUAUGACCAGAUGAAGGCCAUCAUAGAGGAGGUGCUGGAGGAGAAUGAAUACUAUAACACCACAGCUAGCAGACUACAGGACAAGCCAGGAUGAAGCUGGAGUGAACAAGAGCUAUUCUGCAGCCACAAACGAGUGACCUUCAUGGUCCUAUCAGGAUGCCUGCUCCAAAUAAUAUGGACCCAGCUAAUUAUUAUUCAGCUAUGAUCAGAAUAGUUGAUGUAAACUGUAUCCAUACUAUUGUUAAAUGUUAUGCAAAAAGGUCACACACACACUUGUAGGCAGACACACACAGGAAUAUGUAUACAUAUAAGAACAAGCUCACAUACACACACACACACACACACAUCGCUAUCUACUGGAUGGGACAUAAUACAUUAAAUACUAUUCCGUGAACUAUGCUUCCUUACAUGUGUAUAGAUUUGUAAUUUAUGAUUUUCACUGAUGUAAGCACUUUCAUGACAUUCUCAGGAUCUAACGUUUGUGUCUUUACUGUUUUGUUGCGGAAUUGCACAUCACAUAGCAUGUUUAUUGCCUCUAUCUGGUUGGAAUGUAAUUGCACUUUACCACAGUCUGUAUUGUAUCAAAUUGGCAUAUUUAUGUAUUUAAAUAUACAUAGUACAAGGGAAGCU